CCAACUAGUCCUGAGUUUGAAGGAGAACUCUCCUUCUCCCACACAUGGCCUUUUUCCCAUCUCUUCGGGAGUGUUGAAUAUUUGAUCUCAGUCCCUGGCCAGGGAUUUUCCUUUCUUCCAUCUGCCUGGAAAGGUGGCUUAUCCUGGCCACACAAUACCCUUUUUUCCAAGAGAGAUCCUCUGACCCUCAGACUUGCUUCUUCAUGGGUUGUGCCAGGCUGUCAGAGAACUCCAAACACGGCACAGUUUCCAGUAAAGCUAGUUUAUGGUAGUAUGUGGGGGACAGAAGAUCUGUUUGUACUUACUGGUAAUAUUUACAAUAAAAGAUAUUAUAAAUAACCCCCCUAGUCAUAUUACUUAUUGGUCACAGACUACGUGUCAUGCACUGAUAGGUACUGGGGAGUCUGGUGAAUAAGCCAGUCUGUCGGCCCAUUGUGCUGCCGUCUGUCGGAGGAGGCAGACAGAAUGACCAGGGUGCAAACGAAAGGUAUGGUCAUAAGUUGUGGUGGCGCUAUGAAGAAAGAUCGGGGAACUGCGGAAAUGGGGACAGCUUCCGUAGACUGGUAUGACCACUCCGCUUCUUCUAGAAAGCAGAUGCCGAGAGAAGGAUCUGAGUGCGAGCCAUCUAUCUGGGAAGAUAUCUCAAGAAAUACCUUUAGGAGAAGUGAGAAGAGAGUCCAAAAAGUGGAUAAGUCACCAGCAGCUGCCAGAGAACUGGACGGACACUCGGGAGACACUGCUCGAGGGGAUGCUCUUCAGCCUCAAGUACCUGGGCAUGACGCUGGUGGAGCAGCCCAAGGGCGAGGAGCUGUCGGCUGCUGCCGUCAAGAGGAUUGUGGCCACGGCAAAGGCCAGCGGGAAGAAGCUGCAGAAAGUGACUCUCAAGGUGUCACCACGGGGGAUUAUCCUGACCGACAACAUCACCAACCAGCUCAUUGAGAACGUGUCCAUUUACAGGAUCUCCUACUGCACAGCAGACAAGAUGCACGACAAAGUGUUUGCGUACAUCGCACAGAGCCAGCACAACGAGAAUCUCGAGUGCCAUGCCUUCCUCUGCACCAAGCGGAAAAUGGCCCAGGCUGUCACCCUCACAGUAGCCCAGGCCUUCAAAGUUGCCUUUGAGUUUUGGCAGGUGUCCAAGGAAGAGAAGGAGAAGAGGGAGAAAGCCAGCCAAGAAGGAGGGGACGUCCUGGGUGGGGGCCUCCGUGACAACACCCCAUCGUUGAAGAGCUUGGUUGCCACUGGGAACCUGCUGGACUUGGAAGAGACGGCCAAGGCCCCGCUGUCCACAGUCAGCGCUAAUACCACUAACAUGGAUGAGGCACCGAGGCCUCAAGCCUUGAACAAUAGCAGCGUUGUCUGGCUGGAUGACGGCCUGGAUGAAGCAUUUUCAAGGCUUGCCCAGUCUCGGACGAACCCUCAGGUCCUGGACACUGGAUUGACAGCACAGGACAUCCAUUAUGCCCAGUGCCUCUCACCUGUCGACUGGGACAAGCCUGACAGCAGCGGCGCCGAGCAGGAUGACCUCUUCAGCUUCUGAGGUCCCCGGGGCUGGCGGGACACGUGACAGACCAAAGCCUCUUGUGGCGGGGGGAGGGGGGGGCCAGCUCCAGGGCCCCCAACCACCCUCUUCCAGUUGGCAGCACCGUUGGCCUGCAAAUCAAAGCCGCGUCCGGUCAAGCAGGGGGAAAGGAGAAGUUGGUUUUUUUUUUUUUUUGCCACACUCUUAUCCUAAGAACUGAAGGAUGCCUUGAAUAUUUAUUCAGCGACUCCUGGUUCACCUCGGAAGCCAGUUUUGCAUCAGGCACAAGUGCAGUGUUUUAACCAGCUUUUUGCCCUGUCCUGAGAAAGCUCUGCUCUGCUGUGGGUAUCAGGACGGUGACCAAAGCAUUUCUUGUCCCUUCUCUUUUUCUAAGGACCCAAAUUUCCCUGGAGGCGUCCCCACACCUUACAGAAAGCUGUCAUUUUUGAGCACAGGAAGGCCCUGUGGCUUCAGAGGAGCCCCGAGUCUUGUGCCGGGGCCCCAGCAGGUGUGGGCCUGAGUCCCUGGCCCUCCCCGGGCCCUGAGAGACAGAGGGGCAGCCCCUGACCAAAGACAACGCGUAGCUGGCACUUUAAAGCACACACGGCAGGUGUGGCCCCCGGGGGCUCCUCGAUGGUGCUGUUGGCAUAGAGCUUUCUGUCUGGCUGCCCGUAGGUUCCCAGGGUCUGACUGCAACAGUGGAAAUCAUCUCUGUGUGACUGCCCUGUUGGCGUCCCCCGCCCCGCCCCUCCCCCCGUCGAUGAGCGUGUGCCCACUCUCCUGUUUCGUCUGUGCGGGUGUCUCUGAGCCCCAAGUCCCCAUGCUCCCUGGGACAAUGCGUGGAGCCCAACACCUAAACUUGGUCAGGACUAUCUGGUCGCCAUUUUACAGGCAAGGAAAUGGGCCCCAAACGUGGAAGGGGUGGAGCGCACACUAGAACCAGAUCCCAUGCCAAAGUUGCCUUCUCACCCUCCCUUCUCCCAGCUUGCACCUCCUUUCUGGUUUUGUUGUCCUCCCAGGAACCAAAAACCCCAGCUAUUUUCUGACCAAAAUGUGUUUCAUAACAAACCAUCUGGUGCCUUUCCACACAGAACUGGCUUGAGCCUCCGUGCCCUGCUAGCUGUCUGGCUGCCGACUUCUGUGCAAAUGGAAGUACUGAUGCUAAUUUGGAGGGUGAAACAAAACCAAACUCUGGAAGCGUCACCCUCUUCCUGACUCUCACCCCUGGGUCGGGACAUGUCAGCAGCAGUCUGUCCUCAGUCUCCCUUCCUCCCCCCUCCCCCCCCACCACGUCACCCCUCGGGGCGCCCAUCAGAGCUGCCAGAGUCUUCUCCACCCAGAGGUGCCUCCCAGGCCUGGCUUUGCUAAGCUCAAGUCACUGAUCACAGUUCGAGCAGGUUUCACCAGCCCAGGAGACACACACACCAUUUCUCAGAAUCUGCUUGUCCAAGCACUUGAAUCAGCACAAAGACAGAAGGGCCUGGGCAAGGAGUGGGGUGGCACUUGUAGAGUCUAUCAGAAUAUGGGGUCAUUUCUUUCCCUGCCCAGCUCUUGCACCUUGCUGCCCACCCCAGACCUCCUUGGUAUUGGCCCCUGGAUUUGUUACGCGGCAGCACGUGUUGGGCCUGACAAGCUGUCCCUGGCAGGAGGACCUGGGAGCCCCAAGAGAGGCCAUGCUUGAGAGUGUGUGUGUGUGUGUGUGUGUGUGUGUGUGUGUGUGUGUGAGAGAGAGAGAGAGAGAGAGAGAGAGAGAGAGAGAGAGAGAGAGACUUGACCUUCACAGUGGUCUUUGGCUGAUAAGCCUUUGGGUAUGCUCCAGUGUGUCUGCAGAUAAGUCUUAUGCUUUACUUUGUGUUGCUGUUAAAGUUGUUCUAAUGAGGAAAAGAAUAAGUAAUAAAGGUUCUCUUUUUGAAA